UGAUUACUGUAGCGGAUAUUUUAACCUCUCUGGUGGUAAUUUUCCACGUGACCGAAUUCUACCAUUCAACAUGGCCGAUACUGUGGGGGACCAACAUCCAGUGCCAGAUCCAUCGCUACCUACGGUUCGUCAGCUUCAAUAGCACCGUCUUUUCCAUGAUGGCUAUAGCUAUUGACAGGUUUUUCGCAGUUCGUAUCCCAGUUCUCUACAAGGGCAAGUUUACAGUCAGUCGAACCAAGUUCGUUCUCCUCUUCGUCUGGUUGACAUCGUUCACCGCUGCUCUACCUGUCGCAUUCAUGUUUGAGAGUAUUUACAGCGGAGAAGGACAGGCGAUCUCUUACCCGGGCAAGUUGCCCUGGGCUUGCAAGGCCAUCGUCCCCUUCGGACCGUGGUGGAAAGACUUCAAACCCGUGUAUCUCAACAUCCUUCUCUUCUACAUACCCGUCAUCAUCACCGCCAUCAUCUACGUCCGCAUCGUCGUCCACGUCAAACGAAGUAACCAGUACUUGCGAAGUGAGCUCCUGAACGGCGGCCCCGUGCCGAAGCGGUACCGCAACUCGCACUGGAAGAUAUGCAAGAGUCUUCUCUAUGUCUUCGUAGGUUUCAUCAUCUGUUUCGCACCCUUUGCCACCUAUCAUAUCGUUCAGCAGUACUUCUCGACAGCUCUGCACCCCGAACUCAAGAACCUCUCCCUUCUCUUGCCUUACGUUAACUCAUGCUUCAAUCCAGUCAUCUACUCCUUCACGAACGAUACAUUUUGGAAAGCCGCCAAGCAGAUUGUUUGCAUGUCGACGUCGUCGUCGAGAGACAGUCCGAGAGCGUCGUUGCCCUCUACCGACAUGGACGGCGGUCACCCACCGAGUUUCGCUGCUAUAUCAGGCAAUCAAAAGAGGAAGCGUGUGGAUGGUGAGCGAGCAAUGGGAAUAGCGUUCUCGUAUGAAAGGAACAUGGUGGAGAUGGAACCUAGCCCGGACCUUGCCCGUCAUCAUGUCGAUACUGGUGGUGACGUCGACAUCGGCAUCAAUGGGACGAUGUCGGAUAAUACGAUGUCGGAUAAUGCGAUGUCGGAUAAAACGAUGUCGGAUAUUACGAUGUCAGAUACUACGAGAUCGUCGGAGUAUUGCAUGACGACGAUUAUUCCAAAUGGAAAGGCAUGAUGUACCCGCCCCUCUUCAUAAAAAA